AUGUUGGAGGGCGAACUUUUCGCGACACACAAAGAGUAUGUCCGCCGGCAGAUGAUAUACUGUCUUUUGCAGGAAGAGGAUAACCCUACCAUCCACCUCGUCGCCGCACUCCUCCUCUACGACGGCCGCAAUAGCGGAGAUGAUGUUGUCUUCGAGAUGAUGCACAAGGAAGGAAGCUUUCCAAGAUUGGUGGAGUUGGUACAACUGGAGAGUGUGCAAGAGGAGACAAGAUUGCAUCAAAUGCUUCUGGAGCUUCUAUACGAGUCGUCUCGAGUACAAAGACUUGACUGGGAAGAUUUCGCUGCAGUCAACGACAACUUCAUUCUUUACCUUCUUGAAAUCAUUGAAGGCGCUUCUGACGACGCAGAUGAUCCAUACCAUUAUCCAGUCAUUCGUGUUCUGCUGGUCCUGAACGAACAAUACCUGGUAGCCUCCACGAGUCACCACAAGGACGGCCGUCCCCCGGUUACGAAUCGACUGAUCAAAGCUUUGUCUAGCCAUGGCAUGACAUACAAAACCUUUGGAUGCAACUUGAUCCUCUUGUUGAACCGAGAAUCGGAGACCUCUCUUCAACUCCUGAUUCUCAAAGUCUUGUACCUUGUUUUUGGAAACCCCUCGACCGCGGAGUACUUCUACACAAAUGACCUCCAUGUUCUGAUCGACGUCAUCCUCCGGAACCUAAUCGAUCUUCCACACGAUUCGACGGCUGCAAAUGCUCUGCGGCAUACGUACCUUCGAGUUCUCUAUCCCAUCUUAACAAACAGCCAGAUUGGCAAGCCGCCACACUACAAGUGCGAUGAUAUCUUGCGGCUUCUCCAUCUCCUCGUAACCAGUGGCAAUCACUUUGCGCCUGUAGACGACACCACACAAAGGCUUGUCAUACGGUGCACCAGCGUGCCAUGGUUGCAACCGCCUCCCGCAAAGAACAAGUCUGGCUCCGGCGAUAACGACACUACGACAUCACCUGUCGAUUAUGUUGCGAACGGCCAGAAAGAGCUCGCACGGAGGGCACUGGGCAUGAGUGUACAGGAUGGGGGCGAAAGCUCAACGAGCGUCCUCGAGAUUGCAUCUCACACGGAAAAGCCUGGGGUCCAAACGCCCAGCAUCAUGCACCCAGAACAAGCAUCAUGA